AUGCUAGGCAUAGAAGACUACGGUAGUGACGUCGACAGCGAAAACGAAGCGUCGUCCUCUGUAUCGUUUUCUAAAGCACCAGUACCAGCGCCAUCGAAGCCCUCAGGUCUCUCCCUACCUGCACCCAAAUCAUCAAGUCUUUCACUUCCACCACCAACCAAAACAAAACGCACAAAGAAGAUCGAAAUCACGCUCCCCUCGCUUCCUUCAAAUGAUUCUGAUACAGACGACCGACCACCAGUCAAGAAACCCCGAAUCACAUCUAGCAAAGGGGCAGGCACAUCAUCCCUUCUCAACAUGUUACCCGCACCUACUCAGCCUCUGCCCGUCAAACCCAAGAAGGCUGAGCGCAUGCUUGGAGGCGGAAAUGGUCCAGGGCUAGUGUUCCAUGCACCAGUGAGCGUGCAGGAGGACGGCGAAGGAGAUGGCGAGGAGGCAUCCAUGUCUUUCCUACCCCCUUCAAUCAAGAAGGGCAAAUCCAACGUCAAUCUAGACCGCGAGGACCAUCAGCCUCAAGCACCGUCAAAGGGACCCGCUGUGAACUUCUUCUCUCUCGGUACCUCUUCGAGACCUAAUUCUACGGUACCUUCCACAUCCACGACACCAAACACAUUCACACCAACCGUCUCGUCUGCCCCUGAGGUGGCCUCAUUCACUCCCCCAUCUCCGACGCCUACUGACGCCUACCCUGGAUACUACCUCCUCCCCUCCGGUGCCUGGGCCGCUCAUGACCAGGCAUACUACGCCACAUUCGUCAAAAAGUGGCAGAAAGAAUAUGACGCCCAGGUCCGCGCACUCGAGAAAGGUGAGGUGGAGAGAGAGGCAGAAGAAGCGGCGGAGGUCAACAUGCAGACAGAGAUGGAGAAAGCACGGAAAGAAAUAAAAGAGAGGGAGGACAGGAAGGCUCUUACGGGCGUCAAGACCGGGGAGCCAGAACGACCGCGGAUGAACGUACAGGGCGCAAAACUAGGCUCGACAGCUCGUUCACGACAUCAAUUGACGACGCUCCUCACAGACGCUUACCAGAACCGGGAGGCAAUGGAGGAGAAGAUCGCACAGGCACGCAGGAACAGGAAAGAGGCAGGGAACAAAUAUGGUGCGUGUCUUUUCCCUUGUGUGGUCUCCGUUAUACGAUUCAUCAAUCCUACAGGUUUCUAG